AUGUCGAACCUGGUAGAGAUUCUUUCCCGAACUCUUGAGCCAGACAAUUCUGUUCGCAAAGCAGCAGAAGAUCAGCUGCGACAAAUGGAAUUGGUUCCAGGUGAUACCAUUUUCAUGUUAACCACAUACCUUUUUUUCAUACUAGGGUUUGCGAGAAAUCUUCUGGAAUUGAUAAAUAAACCAGAUUUGGCUGGGCAGCUGCGAUUCUCCGCCGCCGUCAAGCUUAAAAAUUUCAUAAAACGGAAUUGGGUGAAAAUAAUUGGAAUGUUCAAAAAAUUUCUUAUCUUUUCGGUUUAGGGUGAGGCGGCUGAUGUCGAAAUUUCUUCGGAAGAUCAAAUUUCUAUCAGGCAAGAGCUCUUGGAAACGAUCUUUCGCGUCCCAGAAUACCUGUCAGUGCUUUCGAACGCACUUCAGUUGAUUGCACAGGUUGGCUAUUCUAUCAACAACAUCUUGCUAGGGUUCAUGGCAGCGUUUCUCCAAAGGUUGUUGUGCAUUCAGACUGAUUUGAACUCUCUGCGUAGAACUUUCUUGAUUUAAGUCAAUACACUUCAAACUCCCAAAAAUUGUUCUUAGAUUAAUUUCAAAAGAGUUCUGAGAAUUGAAAAAAUUGUUUCAGGCAGAUUUCCCCGCUAAAUGGCCAGAGUUAAUAACGUAUUUGGCGAAGCCGCUAGAGUCUGAAAACCUCGACCACAUAAUGUGCUCUCUUUCUACAAUGAAGCAAAUUUUCCGCAAGUUUCGUUACGAAUCCAAGUCAACGGAGCUUUGGACUGAACUCAAACAUUGCUUGAUCAACGUAAAUUCUCUCCUUUUGGCGCGAUAUAGUUACUUAUUUAGGUUCAAGAGCCUUUAACUUCGAUUUUGGGUAAAAUGAUGGGCUUUUUGGAGACGAGAGAUCAGAUGGACGCCAGAAGUCGUUCACGAUGGAUUGAAGUCCUUUAUUGCAUCUGCGCGGUCUAUCAUUCUCUCUGUUCUCAGGAUAUUCCAGAAUAUUUCGAAGUGAGACUCUUUUUCUAUGUUUUAAGUGAAAUUGGUCAUAGGAUAAUUUGAAACCGUGGAUGGAGAGCUUGUUGGCUUUGAUGGGGAUCGAACUCAAUGAAGGAUCUUCCGAUGAUCUCAUAAAACUCAAGGUAACUCGCCUCUUCGCAGGAAGCUCCAGUUAUUUUCCAGACGGAGAUUUGCGAAGUGUUCACUCUGUACGCGCAGCGGUACGAAGAGGAGAUUGCGCCGUUCAUUCCGGGAAUAAUCGGCGCCGUUUGGGCUCUCAUCGAAAGGACCGGACAGGACACUCGGUUAGGUUUCCAGCCCUUUCCCCGACAUUUAUUGUCCUGCAGAUACGACGAGAUGGUUUGUGCGGCCAUGGAAUUCCUUUCGAUCAUCUGCCAAAGGAACUAUCACGCGGCGCAUUUCGAGGGCCAAGGAGUCGUUCAGGCCAUCGCAGGUUCCUUUCUCUUUCUUUUCAGAGUUCUAUUCUUCCAGAAAAUGUGUGCGUGAAAAAUCUGCAUCUCCGCGAGGAAGACAUUGAACAGUUCGAAGAUGAGCCGUUGGAAUAUAUCAAACGGGAUCUUGAGGGUAUUUUUCUUGUUUCUUUCCACCUAUUUUGAAUUAUUCAGGGACGGAUAUUGGAACUAGACGACGGGGCGCAAUUGAUCUGAUCCGAGCCCUUUGCCGUCGAUACGAAGCUCAGAUUAUGCCUUCCUUAUCUCAGGUGCUUUAUAUCUUUAAUCAUCUUUCAGUCUUUCAGGAACGAACUCAAAGAAAAGCAUACAUGAUGAAUGAAAUGAAUUUUUUUGAGAAUUCUUUUACUUAGUUGAUUCACCACUACGAGAAACUGGAAAAAAUAAUUUGAUGGUGUUUGGAGAAGAAAAAAGAGUCUAGGGAAAAAUUUUCAUGGAGUAUGUGCAUGAGCUUAAACUCAUUUUGACAGCAACGCAUGGUGAACACUUUCAACAAAGUAUAGAAGUUGAAUAAAACAUGAUUGCAGUUUUUUUUCCCAUUCAUAAUUUUGCUGUGCAACUUGAAGAUCGUGCAAACUUUGAUAGUGGAUGGAAACUGGAGGAAGAUUGACGUGGUGUACUCGUUGGUGACGGCGAUGGCCGCCAAAUCUGAGACGGCUCGUAGCGGAGCAACGGAAGUGACCGCUUUAGUAGGCUCUCCUUUUCUCAUCGUAAAUCAAGUCUGCCGAUUUCAGAUCAACGUCGUCGACUUUUACAACAGUCAAGUUCGAAAUCACCUCUCUUCUUCGGCCAAUAAUACGCCAAUUUUGCAAGCAGAUGCCUUGCGGUUGGUGUUUUUUUUUUCUUGUGUGUGGCGAUCUUUCAAUAGUUUUCAUUUUUUUUUUCUCAAAAACAAAAAAAUUCGAAAAAAUUUCUUCACGAAAUUUUUUGGUUCACAAAGUUAAGAAAUAGAUCAUGUUUUUUUAUUUACCUUAUUGUUUUCAAUUCAAUUUUCUUAAAACUCAUAAGAAUACUUUUCAUAGUUCUCACAACGCACGGAAAGGUUUUAGAAGUAAUUCAUGUAAUUUCUUUGUCUCGUGAGGGUUUCUUCUUUGCAAGUAAAUUAAGCAGAGAGUCGAUACAAAAAAAAGGCGAAGAUAAGGAUAUCGAUUAUUAAAGUUUUGAAAAUGGAAAAACGUGCAAUCAUGCUACUUUUUCUUUUGUUCUGAUUUUUUUUUAAAACCUCUUGCUUAUUUUUUGGAUCCGAAAUUCUCUUUCGCCUUUUACCUUCUUUCAUACUUGUUUUUGUAAAGGUUUUGCGUCACGUUCCGGAACAUGCUGCCCCCCUCGACCCUCGUGGAAGUGAUCAACGCCGCCGACGCUCUGCUGCAGUCCAACUUCCAAAUUGUCCGCGACUAUUCGGCUUACGCCGUCGAGCGCCUUCUGGUCAUGCAGAACACGGAGACCAAGCGACCGGUCAGCUUCUCAUUACAGUUCCAGAGAAAUCAUAUAGGACAGAGGCUUCGGGGAAAAAAUUGUGACUUGAUCUACUUGCCAAUUACUAAUGAAAUAUCUUGUAAAAUCAAGUUGAAAGAAAUAUAGCUCUCCAUAAUGACCGUUUGUACGAUGACUUUUAGUGAUAGGUUACUUCCAUGAUUGCUAAACGAAAUGUCGAAUUUAGAAGUGUAUGAGUAUGAUCGAUGAACGAACGAUCGCGUUUGCAACGGGUCACUAAAUGAAUUUCAACCGAAUGGUCAUUGUGGAAAGUUUAAUAAUAAUUGACAAAACAUCGUUCACUUCGAAAGUCCGAAGUGGCUUGAAAUGAAAUGACCGUCCAACUGGUCACUGAUGACUGGUCGGUCAUUUAUAUGAAUGUUAAAGAGGAAAAACGUGAAAAAAAUAGUUCUGAAAAUCUUUUUUUCAUUUCCAGCUAUUUUUUUGAUUUCAGUCGUAUUCGAAAUUUUUUUCUCAACUUAUUGGAUUAUAGUAAAAAGCCGAAACUAUUUUUUUAUAAAAAAACGGUAUGUUACUAGAGAAACACGAGUUUUUUUGCCUGGAAGAAUCUUUUUUUUUCUUUCCCAAAAUUAAAUGAUUUAACUUUGAUGAAAAAGUUUAUCAUGGUUUUGUCAAAAAAAGGCCUUUGCAGCUAUUCACGACUGAAGUUGUGCCAGUUCGUUCAUUACUGGGUAACUUGGUCGGCGCCUACGACAAAGCCGCGGCUCCAGGCUUCUGCUCCUAUCUGAUCAAAGCUUUGCUUCGUGUCAUCACCUUGGCUGAUGUAUGAUGCUAUAUCUCCGUUCAUUUAGAAAACUUUUGUUCUUAGGAUGAGACGAUGAGACACGCGAGCGCGUUGGCCGACAAAUUGGUUCAGCUCGUGGCUCUGGCUACGAAACAAGCUGUCGACGCGGUCCACACCCAUUUCCUUUUCGAAACUCUUUGUGUUCUCAUCGUCAAGGUCUAUCUCCUCUUAUCUUCACAGUUUUCAACAAAUAAUCCAGACGAGAAGCGCCGGAUCGAACAUCGAUUCCCAGCUUCUGCCCCUCAUCGAAGUUGUUUUCGCACAAGACGUGGAGGACCUCAUUCCUUAUGCUCUUCAAAUUACAGGUAUUCACUUUCGCUUAUUUUUGGAAGGAAAAAAAGUAUUUUCUUCGUGGUAUUGGGUUGCUAGGACAUCUAUGAAGUUUUCCAAUAUUUCCACAAUUUAGUCUUUUUGCUUUAAUAUAUACACUGCUCCACAUAAUUAUAUAUCUACCUGUGAUUUUUCGAAAAAUUGAGUAUUUCGAAAGUUUCUAAAAAUCUUUUUGAUGUCAAAAGAUGUUCAGUUAUUUUCUGCAUAAGUGCGUUUAACGCAUAAUUGAAAUUUAAACGUAUUUUGCAGGCGUUCUGCUGUCUUCGUGCGUUUCUCGCGGAGAAUCGAUCAACAGCUAUCACCAGUUCUUACCGUUGUUGCUCUCUGAAAAGUUGUGGGCUCGGUCAACCAACGUUCCGGCCGCGAUUACUGUAUUAGAGGUAGUAAUAAUAAAAUCUUUCCUGAAAAAUUACCCAAUUUUUAGGUGUUUUUGAACGCGGCGAGCGACUUUGUCUUGAGUCAGCAGUCGCAAAUCGUCUUCCAACAUUACUCGCGGCUUGUUUCCUCCAAGGCCCUCGACCAACACGGAUUCCAACUGGCAAAUGCCUUGCUCCCUCAUAUCAAUGUAGCUGAACAUUUCCGUUCUCUUGAUUCAGUUCUUUUCUGCAGAAAUGCGUUGGAGUCGAGAAUCCUAUGGCCUUUUUGUUCAAUACGAUGUUCCGGCGUGUGCAAAACUCGAAAACCCCUAAGUUUAUGAAACAAUUUGUCGUUUUCUUGUUUCGCUUCUCUAUAACCCUCAGUUCCGAGGAGCUCAUCAGGGUAUUUUUUGUUCUGAUUUGUCAGUCCAUUUUUUUUGCCUCUUUCAGUCCGUUGAGUCGAUCCAGCCCGGCAUGUUCAACAUGAUAAUGGAGAAGGUUGUCUUGGUGGAGUUGGAGAACUGCGAGAAAAUGUUCACUUUCCAAGAUAAACGGAUCAUCGCCAUCGGCGCUGCCAACAUCAUGAGCGAGGCCACCCAAUACGUCACGUUCGUUUCACCAAUCAUCAGUUCCAGUAUAUCUCACUUGUUUUGCAGAGCUAGCUAUGGAAAACUAGCCAAGUUGGUGGCCGCUCUUUUCGAAGGCUCGACGGCCGGCGAAAGGACCGUUCUGUCGCCAGAAGAAGAACAGGUUCUACAGUAAUCUCCAACGCGCUUCAAGACUUUUUGCAGGCGGCCAUGUACAACUCCGAGGGCGAGUUCGUCAAUCCUUACUGCCGGUUGAGUUAUGCUCCAAGGCCAGAACCUGUAGCUCCGCAAAUUACCAAUUUCCGAGGUAAAUUUUGAGACUUUUCUCUGGGCUGCUACUUUUGAGCCACAAAGAAAUUUCGAACUUUUUUGAAAUUAGGAAAUAUGAUGGAGUAAGAAAAAAUGCAUGAUAAAAAGAGCUUCUGAAUAAACCUGAAAAGGGAUCAUCGCGGAACCGAAUUUGAAUAGAUAUAAAAAAACUAUAGUUUUAUAAAAAUAUUAGUUAAGAAUAUGGAAAAUACCUAGAUUUUUCUACAUUAACUCAUGCUUUACUUGGAAAGUUCUUGCUUUUAAUAUAGUAAAAAUUCCAAAUCCGAACGCGAACAAGCUACUGGAGUCGAGAGGAAGUCUCGUCCAAUAAUUUGACAAAUCCUUUUAAAAAUCUUAAAUUUUUUUUCUCUUUUUCGUCCAAAGAAUCGAUCAUUGCAGCGUAUUUCGCACAAGCUGUCCUCGAGCGCGGCCCAUUGAACAACGGGGCUGUGUCCAGCUGCAUUCCACAGGAUUUAGCGCAAUAUCUCAAAUCCAUCCCAGCUUAG